GUAUCCAAAUCGCUCUCUGUGUUUUCUUCAGUAGUUAAAACUGCGUUGACUGCGCUAUAAGCCCAACCCCCGACUCUACCACCUUCUCUUUCUUUUUUACCCUUAUUUCCAAUUAUGCCCACACCAAAUCCCAACAAUCCCACCCCUCCUUCUCGCCGGUCAACUUCUCCGAUACAUCUCUCCUCCGACCUCUCCCUAUUUUUCUUUCUUUUAUGCUAAUCCCCCGUACGUAUAAUUUCGCAUAAACUUAGGCGUACUUCUACUAGCUCUCUUCAUAGCUCCAUCCUUCUUCUUGCGGUCAAAACCCUAGAUUUGCUUUUUCGGAGGGGGCAGUUUCCGUGAGUUCGUAUAUGAAUUUUGCAAGAAGAAAGUUCAGAGAAUUUCGUAGCUUUCAAAGAUGAAGAGGCUGAGGUCUAGCGAGGAUCUCGAUUCGUAUGGAGAUAAGUGCAAGGAUCCGAACCCGAACCCGAAUCGGUCGUCGUCAUCUUCGCACCGGAGCUUCUACUACAAGCCCGACAGUGUACGGAAAGGUAUGGCUCGGUACGACCGGGAUCGAUCCGCUGACGAGGAUCGCGAGGGCUCUCGGAUGAUGCGUAAGAGAUCGGACCACGAUUCCGAGGGAGGAUUCGAUCGACGAAAGGGUGGCUUUGAUCGGUACAGCGGAGAGAACAGAGGAGGUGGAGCAGUAGGAGGAGGGUAUGAUCGAACUUUGAUGCAUCGGUCGGAGAGCUUUUGCGGCGGGUUGUCGUCGACAAGGAGAGAGUUCCCAAAGGGGUUUCGAUCGGAGCGGUCUUCUUCGGCUGCAUCAGAGCGGUCGCGGCGCGAGGGGAGUGUGUCGUCCUGGCGUCGAUUCGGGAGCAAUAAUAAUGGAAACAAAGAUUCGGAGGAGAGCGGCAGAGGAGGAAGUAGAAUUGGCUUGAGGGACGGGAAGUCGCCGACGUGGUCUAGGGAUUCAGCUGCAAGCGAGCCGUCGAGGAUGAUGAGGGCUUUAAAUUCGAGUUCAUCACCGAUACGAGCCUCAAGAGCUAGUCCGAGGACGAACGAAAACUCGAAGGACAACUCUAAAUCGAAAUCGAAAUCUCCAAGUUGGUCGAGGGAAUCGGCAGCGAGCGAACAAUCGAGGAGUGUGGAUGUGGAGACGGCAAAGAGGGGUACCGAUGAGGUGCAGGUUGACAGUAAGAGUGGCAGUGAAAUGGAGGAAGGCGAGCUUGAGCCGGAGCCAGAGCCGGAGCCGGGGACUGAACCAGAACCCAACCUGGAUUCGGAAUCAGUACGUGGGGUUGAGCGUGAAUUGGGUCAUGAAGCUGGGGCUGAAACGGAAACGGAGGUCAGAGACCAUGUAGGUUUAAAGCUGGGUAAUAGUGUGAAUAAGGUGGUUGAGGCUGAGAGCGAGUGCCGGGUUGAGGAUUCAUAUAUGGCUGUGGAAGAUGGAGCGGAUAAAGUAUUAUGCAAGGAAGAGAUAGACAUGGAAAUAGAUAUGGAGAUUGAGAGAGAGCUACCGAAUGAUGAGGAGGGGAAAGAAAAGGAAGUUGAUGAAGAAGUACAACAGAGUGAAAGUGAGAGCAAUGAUGGAUUGGUGGAAAAUGAUGAAGAAGGUAAUAAGGAAGAAGAAGGUGCGAGGAAAGAUAGGCAAUGUGAGGAGGAAGCAAAGAUGGAUUCAGUGGUUUUUCGUAAGACUUCGAUGGGAUUUGAAGAGGAGGGUAAACAACAAGACAAGGGUAUAAUAGAUCUUGCGGCCAAGCGAGAGGAUGUGGAAAUAGCCGCCUUGAAUGAGGACAGAAAUGGAGUUUCUGAAGUCAAUAUGAGGAUAGAAACAGAGAGUUUAAAGAGUCAGAAUUUCAAGGAUAAAGGCAAAAGUGUGUCUAUUGCCCCUACCCAUGUUGCAGAUUCUGUGGAAGAUGAUGUGUGGAUUGGAAGGGAAACCAGGGAGUUCGAGACUUGCAGGGAUAAUGGAGAUAUGGAAGGACCUAGUACUCGUGGGUUCGAGUUGUUUAGUAGCUCUCCUGUUAGAAGAGAAGAGAAAGACGAUCGAUCUGGUGUUAAUAGUAAGCAGAAGGAUGAAAAGCUGAUGCUGGAGCCACUAGAUCUUUCGCUAAGCUUACCGAAUGUUUUGUUACCGAUUAGUGCUGCUGAUACGAAUCAAGCUACUCCCGGUUCCCCAAGUCAAGCAAGGAGUGUUCAGUCCUUGAGUAAUACAUUUUGCACUAACUCGGAUGGAUUUACUGCAUCAAUGUCGUUUUCUGGUUCUCAGUCAUUUUAUCACAACCCAAGCUGUUCUCUGACGCAGAAUUUGAUGGACAACUAUGAACAAUCAGUGGGCAGCCGCCCCAUAUUUCAGGGAAUCGAGUGGCAGGGACAGUCUCAGAAUGAGUCCAAGCAAAAAGAAGUUCCCUUGUAUCAGAGAAUCUUGAUGAAUGGAAAUGGCUCUCUUGGUCAGUCUCAAGUGGUACAGGGCACUUCUAAUGGCCAAGCCGUGCAAGGACAUCAUAGGGUUUUAGAAGGGAGCUCUAAAAUAGCCAAUGGGCUAGAGAGGCAGUUGAGUUUUCAGAGGCAGCUUUCAGGAGGACAGUCAAGGCACAUUGAUGAUGUUAGAUCACCUUCCCAGAGUGUAGGAUCUCAUGAUAUUGGAUCAAAUUAUAGUUUUGACAGGAAGCGAGGAAUGAGAGAGAAGAGUGGGGGUAGUUUAUAUAGGACUGGUAGCCAGAAGGAGCCUGAACAGCUUCUGAUAGGUGGAGUUGAAUUUGUGACUUUCAUUGCCAGGAUAGUUGCUGAACCAGUGCAUGUUAUGGCUAGGAAAUUUCAUGACAUGACGGCAGAAUUCAUAGCGUGUCUAAAAGAGAGCAUUAACGAGAUCAUGUUGAAUGUUGACAAGCGACCGCAAUUAUUUGCAUUUCAGAAAGCACUGCGGAAUAGGUCUGACGUAACCAUGGAUAACCUACUGAAAUCCCAUCGGGCUCAAUUGGAAAUCUUGGUCGCUUUGAAAACUGGUUUACCUGAUUAUCUUCAACAGGACGACAGUGUUUCACCAACUCAUUUGGCAGAGGUUUUUCUGUACUUAAAAUGCAGAAAUCUUAACUGUAAGAAUCCUUUGCCAGUGGAUGAAUGUGAUUGCAAGGUCUGUGUGCAGAAAAAUGGAUUUUGCAGUGCCUGUAUGUGUCUUAUAUGUUCCAAGUUUGACAUGGCAUCAAAUACAUGUAGUUGGGUGGGGUGUGAUGUUUGUCUACACUGGUGCCAUACCGAUUGUGGGUUACGGGAAUCUUAUAUCAGAAAUGGACGGAGUGCUACAGGGACUUAUGGGACAACCGAGAUGCAGUUCCAUUGUGUUGCUUGUGAUCAUCCUUCUGAAAUGUUCGGCUUUGUAAAUGAGGUUUUUCAAAAUUUUGCCAAGGAUUGGACGGCUGAAACUCUUUCUAGAGAACUCAAAUAUGUGAGGAGAAUCUUUGGUGACAGCAAGGACACGAGGGGGAGGCGACUUCAUGAAAUUGCUGACAAGAUGCUGACAAGAUUGCAUAAUAAGUCUGACCUUCCUGAUGUCUACGGUCAUAUUAUGGCUUUCCUUAGGGAUGCUAAUUCUUCCAAGUUUGGCAAUCCUUCAAUCUCAUCUGGGAAGGAGCAAGGUAAAGAAAGCAAUGGGAUGGCUGGGCCAAGCCAGGAUCCCACUUGGCUAAAGUCCCUUUAUUCAGAGAAGGGCCCUCAGUUGGAAAGGGCAGCUAGUAUGCUUCCUAGUUUCGGUUAUGACCGAAACGACAAACGCACUUUAGAGUCAGAAUUACAAUCAAGUGUUCAAAAGCAACCUGUCUUUGAUGAAUUGGAGAGUAUGGUGAAAAUCAAACAAGCAGAGGCUAAAAUGUUCCAAGAACGUGCUGAAGAUGCAAGAAGAGAAGCCGAUGGCCUGAGACGCAUUGCCAUUGCAAAGAGUGAAAAAAUUGAAGAGGAGUAUAAGAGUCGAAUUGCAAAGUUGCGGUUGUCUGAGGGUGAAAAUAUGCGUAAACAAAAAUUUGAAGAAUUCAAUGCCCUACAGAGAGCACAUCAAGAAUAUUUCAAUAUGAAGAAGAGGAUGGAAGCAGAUAUUAAAGAUCUUUUGCUGAAAAUGGAAGCUACAAAACGAAACCUUGCCAUGUGAUCAGCAGGUUUUCCUAUUGAAUUGUCACCUUCUCAGAUAUUUGUAUCUGCAAGUGUUGAAAUGUCUUUGCGGUAACUUGACGGAGCCACCACAUUUAUGUCUUAGUUGUUGUAUCUUCUGUUCUAGGUUUCUGUUAUUAAUAUAUAUAGAUAUAUUUUUUUUAUGUGGUGUAUGUGCGAGCUGCUAACCAGAUUACCGGCAUCUGUACAUAGACUGCAAGAUCUCUUUUAUGUUUAAAAAAAGGUUCCAAUUUAGGGUAGCGA